GGUGCCGCGCUGUGGGCCUGGGAGAAGGCACGCCGGGAAAUGCUGGCCACAGGCUUCCAGGCAGCCGAGGCCCGCUAGACCCCAAGGAGCGAGCCCAAAGCUCUGGCUGCGCCUCUCAACAUGAGCAACCCACAGCCGGCCGCCGGAGGAGCACCGCCCGAGGUGGAGAUCAUCUCCCAGCCCGGGGACGAGGACGCCAGGAGCGCGGCCGCGGGGCCGCUGGCCAGCUUUGCCUACCGGGACUUGCCCCUGGCCCCGGGCGACCUCUCCACGGCGGGCUCGCAGCUCCUGUCAAACCUGGACGAGGAUUACCAAAGAGAAGGGUCCCCCUGGCUGAGGCCGUGCUGCGGAAAGAGAGCGGCCGUGUGGCAGGUAUUUUUGCUCAGUGCCAGUCUCAACAGUGUCCUGGUAGCCUGUGUAAUAUUGGUGGUGAUUCUCCUGACCCUGGAACUGCUAAUAGAUAUAAAGCUCCUCCAGUUUCCCAGCGCCUUCCAGUUCGCGGGGGUCAUCCACUGGGUCAGCCUGCUCAUCCUCUCCGGCUUCUUCUCCGAGACCGUCCUCCGCAUCGUGGUGCUCGGGCUGUGGGAUUACAUCGAGAACAAGAUCGAGGUGUUCGACGGCGCUGUGAUCGUCCUGUCCUUGGCCCCGAUGGUGGCGUCCACCGUGGCCAACGGGCCCCGCAGCCCCUGGGACGCCAUCAGCCUCAUCAUCCUGCUCCGCAUCUGGCGGGUGAAGAGGGUCAUCGACGCCUACGUCCUGCCGGUGAGGGUGGAGCUGGAGCUGGUCGUCCAGCAGUACGAGAAGGCCAAGGCGGUGCGGGACGAGCAGCUGGAGCGGCUGACGCAGAUCUGCCAGGAGCAGGGGACAGCGGCGUCCCGGACCCGGCCGCGGGCCUGGUCACCACGGCCGCCAUCGACAUCCACCGGCCCAGCGUGUCCUCCGACCUCUUCUCGGGGGACGCGCCCCCGAGGCUGCGCGGCCAGGGCGCCUGGGCCAGCUCCGCCUCCGAGAGCCCGUCCGGCUCCACCGGCAGCUCCGGCUCCCGGCAGAGCGGCAGCAGCCACACCCUGUGCUCCUCCGAGCCCGGCCCCGGCCCCCCGGCCCCCGCCCCCGCCCGGGAGCGCGAGGCGGACGCCGCCGUCCAGGACCUGCUGUCCUCGCUGUCCGAGGACGCCUGCCCGGCCCCGGGCCCCACGCAGACCAGCCCCGAGCUGGAGCGCAGGGUCGGCCUGCUCAACCGCAGGAACCAGGAGGGCUUCCCGGGCCUGGCGCGCAAGCCCGCCCUCCUGCCGGCCCCCGCGCCCGCGCUGCACCGGUUCUCGCCGCUGGAGUCCAAAGAGGAGGCCUAGCGCCCGGGCGGCUGGGACCCGAGGCCGCCCAGGGCCCCAGGAGCCUCCAGGGCGGGACGCCAGGCCAGGAGGACAGGCCUCAGACCUCAGCCCAGAGCAGGUGCCCGCCGGUCAGGGGAAGGCGGUGCUCGUGGCUGAGGCUUUAAACCGUUUUUACCAGAACCAGCCCGUGGCCCAGCCUCCGCCCUCGGAGGGAGCAGCACUGUGAGGGGCUCGCCCGCCCCGCCCCGCCCCCGGGUGGAGCCCUCGUUCCUCAUCCUCCCAUUUCCGCAUGAGCCUUUCCGAGUAUUUUUACACAAACCCCAACCCCCCCAGGACAGAAGGGGGGGGUCCGGAGGUGGGGGGAGUCCUUGGGGAGGGACGCCGUUUUGCACACCAGCUUUCUAAUAAAAGCAGCUGCA